AUGAAAGGAUACUUACUAGUACUCAUCGGUAUUCAUUGGCUAUGUUUUCAAUUGAAAAUUAGUCACGGUCUAUUCAAUUUAUAUAGUACAGACGAAACAGGUUUAAUGACAAAUGUUUUUGAUCACGAUUGUUUGUAUGUCUAUGAUUAUUUUGAUAUAUUCGUCGUUAAAAGUAUUUUAAUACCAUAUUGUAUACGUUCAGAAAUAUCAGAAAAAUCCAAGAAUAAUUCUGAUCACACAUUAUGUUAUGGAAAUGUAAUGACAUUUAAAGAAUUAAAAUCAAUGAAUAUAAGUAUAGGUGAUUUAUUCAAAUGGAAUGCUGUUAUUGAAAUGAUUGAUUUAUAUGAAAAAUAUCUUUUGUUACCCAAUCUCGUUAAUGAGAAUGAAAGUUAUUGUCAAUGUUCUUCUUUAUCCCAAUUUGGAAGAUUUUGUCAAUACACAAUUGCUGAUAUUAAUUUCAAUGCUGAUAGUGAUCAACAAAGUUUUAGCCGUUUGGUACAUGGUGUGAGACGACAAAGUCACACAAAUGAAAAAAUGGAAACGAAAUAUGUUACGUGUUAUGUUGGUAUCUCAUGUGAAACAAAUUUACUUUGUUUAGAUUGGAGACAAAUAUGUAAUGGAAUUAUUGAUUGUAAUCAAGGAGAAGAUGAACCAUUUGACCUUUGUUUACAAAUGGAAUCAAAUCAAUGCAAUACUCAAACAGAAUUUCGAUGUAAAAAUGGUUUAUGUAUUGAAAAUUCAUUUACAUAUGACAGACAAGUAGAUUGUCUUGAUGGAAGUGAUAUUAUGCCAUACGCUAAUUGGUAUAAAAAUCUCUGUUUCCAAAGUAUGUCUUUCAAUUGUGAAGAAAUGAAUUAUCAAUGGAAAUCUUUUUCUUGUGGUAAUGGUUAUUUUAUUCCCUAUUCAAAAUUAACAUCAAAAUCGACCAGAAUGGGUGUAACAUGUCAUAAUAAACGUGAUGUGAUGUUUUUAAAACAAAUCUUUUCAUUAUAUAAUGAAAAUCUAUGUUGGAAAUCAAUGAUAUGUUUAAUUGGUUUUGAUUAUUUAUAUUCAAAUUUAACUUGUUUAAAUCAAAUAAAUGUCGAAGAAUCAUGUCCAGAUGAAUUUUAUUUUCCACCAAAUUCGAUGAUUUAUUCAUUUGUUUUUUUUCUUUACGAAAAAUCUAAUCGAACAAAUUGGUUCGAUUACUCCGGUCCAAAUUAUAUUUGUUAUAAUGAAACAAUUUGUCCGAAGAAGAUUUCGAAAUUACCAACAAUUGUCAAGAAUAACCUAACAUGUUUUUAUGUUGAUCAAAGAGUAUUUUCAUGGGAAAAUUUCUAUGAGUAUAUUAUUUAUUUAUUUCGACCAUGCUUUUCCAAUUAUCAAUCGUCAUUAUUUGAUGAUAAUAAAAUGUUAUAUCAAUGUGAAUUAAGCAAUGAAUUAAUAUCAAUUAAUCGUGUGAAAGAUAGAAACAAAGAUUGUUAUUGGAAUGAAGAUGAGUAUUCUAAUAUAAAUUUAUGUUCAUUUACUUUAGUUGAUCAAUUCACAUGUUUAACAAAUAAGAGUGACUGUGUUCGAUGGGAAUUUAUAGGAGAUGAACAAUAUGAUUGUGUAGAUGGAUCAGAUGAAUAUAAAGUUGAUCAAAGUUUGGAUUGUCACACAAAAGAAUGCAUCUUUCAUCGCGACAGAAAAAUCGAACCUCCUCUACUUUUGAAUUUUGAUCAACUCUGUGAUAAUAUUGUAAAUCGUUUUCUAUUCCCUAGUCAAACAAAUGAAACAGAUGAAACAGAUUGUGAAUAUUGGCCAUACACAUGUAAGUCAGUUUAUACUAGAUGUAAUCAGGUAUGGAAUUGUAAAAAUGGAGAAGACGAAGUGAAUUGUCCAAGUAAGUGUGAUGGGAGUGAAUCCAUACACAGAUCAUUCGGUUGCGAAAUUGAUGAACAUUAUUGUAUUCAAUUAACCAAUAAUGAUAUAAAGAAGACUUGCAUACAUAUAAAUAGAAGUGGCGAUGGUAUUAUUGAUUGUAUUGGUGGAACAGAUGAACGUUUAACAAAUAUUUGUGUAGAAAAAUAUCCAUUUAAUCGAAAAAGACGUUUUAAUUGUAUGAAUAGUAGUGUUUGUAUAAACCUUGAUCAAGUCUGUGAUACAAUUAUUGAUUGUCCAUUUGAAGACGAUGAACGUGUUUGUCCAUGGUUAUUUCAAAGUAAUUCUUCGAAAUUUCAUUGUGAAAAUUCUCCGUCACUUCCUCGUGAUCGAUGCAUUAGGAGAUCCGUAGGUGAGUUUAGUUUAGAAUGUCGAUCUCGAGAACAUUUCUGGUUUUGCGAUCUUGAAAUGGAAAAUCAGGUUUGCGAGGAUCAGUUAAUGACUUUGAUACCAGCAUAUCCUAAAAUCACUCGAAAAAUGAAAUUGAUUUCAUUUGAAAAUCCCGAUUUGGACAACGAUCUGUGGUUAUGUAAUCAAGGUUAUCCAAUUCAAUCAUUUACAUCAAACAAGAAAUUCUAUUGUCUUUGUUCGCCAUCCUAUUAUGGUGAUUAUUGUCAAUAUCAAUCUGAACGUUUAACUGUUUACAUAGAAGCACAUAUUGCACAUUAUUUUAAUCCACUAACAGUAUUUCGUUUAAUUAUCUAUUUAUUAAAUGAAAAUCAUACGAUUAUAUCACAUGAUGAAAUGAUUUUUAAUAAUAAAGCAAAAGAAUCGAAUAGAAAAUUUCGUGUAUAUUUACUGUAUGAACGAAUUCAAAAUACAUCAUUAUAUCAACGAUUAAAAUCGAAAUUUGUUAGAAUAGAUUCAUAUAGAAUUGAAUUAACAAAUGUUCAAUAUAUAUCAAGUUACUUUUUUUCUGUACCAUUUUCAUUUCUACCUGUAAAUCGAUUAGCUGUUACUGUAACUCUUCAAGAUCAAUUAUUAAAAAUAUCAAAUUGUAAAAAACGUUGUAGUUCACAUGGAAAAUGUAUGCAAUAUGAAAAUUUUGAAAAAAGAGAAUAUUGUUGGUGUCAGCAAGGUUGGUUUGGUGAUCAAUGUCUUUUAAAAUCUUCAUUUAAUUUAUGUAAUCAAACAUCAUGUUCUCCUCAUUCACAAUGUAUGAUUUUAAAUGAUCAAAGAAAACAAAUUAAAUGUAUAUGCCCAUUGGGAAAAUCUGGUAAUCAAUGUUAUAUUAAACAUAAUCCUUGUUUGAACAAUCUAUGUCAAAAUAAUGGAACUUGUUUACCAUUAGAUCAAAGAAGUUUUAGUUAUAAGUGUAUUUGUGAUGAUGAGCAUUAUGGUGACUAUUGUCAAACAUAUGCGCCGAUUUGGUAUAUUUCUAUCUCUACUAAUAUAUCUGAAUUACCGAAAAUACCAAUUAUCAUAGUUAUUAUCGGUACGACAUGGUUACAAGGUGUGCGCCAAAAACGAUAUUUACAUAAAGAUGUUCUAUUACCGACUAGUUUCAAAGUGUCCGAUGGUGUUCUAUUCGUAUUUAUUCAAAUGUUUCCUAAUUCAUCGAAAAGUUUAUAUUAUCUAGUUCGACUACAAAGCCAAGGGCGUCAGAUCCUGAAUACCUCUGUUAUCUCCGCAAGUUUGUGUCCAAAUGUUAGUGAAUUAUUCAAUAAAACAAUUCUCAAUGAAUAUUCAUAUUUAAAACGAUUGAAAUUAUAUCAUUUACCAUGUCAACAGAAUAAAGAUUUAUUAUGUUUCUUUGAUGAAUAUCGAAUGUGUUUAUGUACUAAAGAUCAUAAUAGUGAUUGUCAUCUUUUUUAUCAUGAAUAUGGAAAUUGUAAUCAUUGUUCGAAUGAUGGUUUAUGUAUAACAGGAGAUUCAACAAAUAAUCCAUGGGAUUAUACAUGUUUAUGUUUAGAAUGUUCGUUUGGUUCUCUUUGUCAAUUCUCUAUAAAAAAUUAUUUUAUUACAAUAGAUAUAUUAAUUGGUAUAGAAAUUAAAUCAGGAAAUAAUUCAUUUUCUAAUCAACCAUUUAUUAUUCAAAUAACUUUGAUUAUUUUUACUAUAAUUCUUUGUUUAAGUUUCUUAUUCAAUACAAUAAAUUUAAUAAUAUUUUCAAAUAAAAAACUUCGACAAGUUGGUUGUGAUUUAUAUUUAUUUAAUUUAACUAUUAUUAGUCAAAUUGGUUUAAUUUUUGUAUGUUUAAGAUAUUUAUAUACAUUAUUAAUACAAAUGUAUCUUAUAGAAAAUGUUCGUUUAAUUAAAAUUCUUUGUCAAUUAUUCGAAUAUUUUUCACGUUUAUUUCCAUCGGUAUUUGAUUGGUUAACUGUCUGCAUAUCAAUUGAACGUACCUAUACACUUAUUAAAGAUGUUCAUUUUACUAAACGUAGUGCCUUAAAAACUUUAAAAAUAUCUCGUUGGAUUUCUUUUAUUGUUUUAUUAUUCAAUGGUCUUCUUACUUUACAUCGUCCAUUUUAUUUUGAAUUAGUAGAUGAACCAACGAUAAAUGGCGGGAAACAAGGUCAUCCUUGGUGUAUUUUAGAUUUUAAAUCAACAUCAUGGGAUAGUUAUGAAAAAUUUAUUAAUAUAUUUCAAUUGAUUAUACCAAUGAUUCUUAAUUUAGGAUCAAUUCUUUUCUUUUUAUUAUAUAAAAUCAAACAUGAAUUAACAAUACUUAGAAAAAAUUAUCAACGCAACAGAUUAUUUAUUUUGAAAGAACAAAUAUUAAAAUAUAAAUUAUUAAUAAUUAGCCCAAUAGUGAUUAGUAUUUUAGAAAUACCACGUUUAAUUUUAACAUUUGUUUUAUCGUGUAUUCAAUAUAAAUGGCAAAGAUAUAUUUAUUUAAUCAGCUAUAUUAUAUCAUUUUUACCAUUAACAGCUAUUCUAUUUAUUUAUGUAAUGCCAUCACCAAAAUAUAGCAAAGAGUUCAAAUCAAAUUUAAGAAGAAAAAUUAUUAAAUAA